AUGGAUUAGAUGUAAUUCAUCUAAGUUAAUGAGACUUACAAUAAUGAAAUUGUAAUUAUAAGGUUCAUGGUCAAUAAGCAUGAGGUUUUACCAAAAAUAGAGUUCAAAUUGACUAAUGAAAUUUCUGAACAAUAUUCUCAGGUCCUGUAUGAUCAUUUAUCUAAAUUCAAUCCAAAGGAAUGUCAUUUCUUAUACUUUGUAAGCUAUUCAAUCUCUAUUAAUCUAUAUUAGGAUGAACCUUUAAGAUGCAUCUAGAAAUAGAGAUUUAAUUUAAUCACUUCGUUAAGCUCAGAUGUUAUUCUAAAAAUAUUAAACUUAAAAUAUAUCCCUAUAAUAAGAACUAAUUAUUCCAACUACUAAUCUGAUGAAGUAAAAUGUUUAAUUACUCAACUUAGUCUAAUAAAGAAGGAGGCCAAUCGAUAAUUUAAAGAUUGAAUCUUUAAUGGUAGGCAUAAUCUAAAACCAAAUCUAAGAUUACUAAAGAAUUACUUUAGAUAAUAAAUGAUUUCAAUUUUAAUUAUCGCAUAGAAAUAUUGAUUAGAUCCACCUUAAAAUAAAUAUAGAGGGAAACCUAUUAAGAAUAUGAUGUUCUUUAUGUACCAACCGAUGAGUUAAUAUUCUUAAAAACUAACUAAGAAUCUUCAUUAUCAAAGUGCUUCCCUUAUUUAGAAUAAAUGAAUAAUAGUAAUUAGGUUAAAUGAGUUUUAUAUUAAGAGAC